CGCGCUGGGAAUGUCCCGGGCGGAGCAGGCUGCGGCGCGUGGUCUUCUGCCUGCGCGGCUGUGUUUUCUGGGCCUGGCUCGCCGCGCACCGAGAUGGCCGAGCAGUCGGACAAGGCCGUGAAGUACUACACCCUGGAAGAGAUUGAGAAGCACAACCACAGCAAAAGCACUUGGGUGAUCUUGCACCACAAGGUCUACGAUUUGACCAAAUUUCUGGAAGAGCAUCCUGGUGGGGAAGAAGUCUUAAGAGAACAAGCUGGAGGUGAUGCCACUGAAAACUUUGAGGAUGUNGGGCAUUCUUCAGAUGCCAGAGAACUGUCCAAAACUUUUAUCAUUGGGGAGCUUCAUCCAGAUGAUAGAUCGAAGUUAACCAAGCCUUCGGAAACUCUUAUUACUACUAUUGAAUCUAAUUCCAGCUGGUGGACCAACUGGGUGAUCCCAGCCAUCUCAGCAGUUGUGGUGGCCCUGAUGUACCGCCUGUACAUGGCAGAAGACUAAGCACCUUCUCAGCAGCCAGUGUGCAAGGAAAGACUGCUUUGGGCAAGGGGAAAAGAAGCCAGUGUUAACCACUUCAACUGACUGAAACCUUCACCGGCAAAAAUGAUUUUAGUACAUGUUUCCCUUUCUUCCUACGUUAGAAACCAACAAAAAGAACCGUUCUCUCCUUUCCACUCUUGAACUUCUCAAGUGUGCCUUUUUAUGCGUCAACUUUAUUUUGAUGUUUCUUCACUACAUAAUUUACCUGUUGUAAGCAUGACCUUUUAAAAAUAUAUCUGGCUUUUAAAAUAUACCACCGUGUUUGCCUGUCUGUCUGGUAUAAAAUUGUCUUUUUACUUAGAGAAAUGAUUGCUUUACAUUAAGGGGAGGUAUUUGGGAUAUGAAAUUUGAGCAAAAUAAACUGUAAUUGCAGUGAUCACUGUUAGUAAUCAUGUCAGAACACAGGAGUCCCCGUGAGGCUGGACUGACCCGGUUGACACAACUCCUUUCUCCGCUUGUCAUUGACUAUAGCAUGCAUGUCUACUCUGUCACCUUAUCCAGAGCCAUCAUUUGACUUGGUUCCUGUCAGGGUGGAGAGCUCUGGUACUUAGGGUGGUGCAGAGUCAGCCUGAAAGGUCAAGGUCUACUCCUCUGUCAUCCAUCAACACCAUUCCUUUUAAAGAAGCAAGUAAGAUACAUUUGCUUGUGUUUACAGCUUAGGUCCUCCCCAAAAUAAUGCGAAAUGUGUGGUUGCACAAAUUUUACCUUCAGUCCAAAUAAUUUAAGAAACCAUUAAAAUGGCAUGUUGUUUCUUUAGAUGAGAAAGUUUAUAUGUUUUAAUAUUCUUGGAGCCGUGGGGGAAUUCUGGAAAUAGCUGAACAAUUAGAAGUUCUAGUAGAAAGAAUUUGAGAUUCACAUGAUUUUAAGUGACAUUUGUCCUGUGGAGAAUCUUUGCUAACUUUGAAAACUCUUGUUUCAUUAUCCUCAUGUUCUAGUAAUAAACUGAAUUUAUUUCACCUU